UAUAUUGAGUGUAUUUUUGUAUAUAUUAAGUGUGUCUUUGUGUAUAUUAAGUGUGUUUUUGUGUAUAUUAGGUGUAUUUUUGUGUAUAUUAAAUGUGUGUUUUUGUGUAUAUUAAUUGUGUUUUUGUAUACAGUUGUGAUCUAGGAGAGACUGGACUGUAACUGUGAGAUCAGAGAUGGCAGAUCAGAAAAUAUAUUACUUACUGAAAGACCACAAACUGGAAAAAUACUACAGUAAAAUCCUGGAAAAGGGAGUGAAAAAUGAACAAGGCUUCUUGGACAACAUCACUGAGGAGAACAUGGAAGAAAUGGGCCUCAGUCAGGUGGAUAAAAAACAGUUUUCUAAACUCAAAGAAUUCAUCAGAAGACUGGGCAUCGCGAGUAAAGAGAAAAGAAAUCAGCAGGCGUUUAAAGUUUUCUACACAACCCCACGCUCUCAGGCAUACAAAGAACUGACUGGAAUGGACUCGGAGCAGAACACUGUGGAGGAUCUGAUGCUGAGGAUUUGUCACGAGGAGAGAGAUGGGCGUGGCAUGGGCGUGUGUUUAUUCACUGGUGAAGGAAUGCCGCUGACAGACGACCCUUUCUUCAACACCUGGUCACUGAAGAAUAGGCACAUUGAGAGUGGAAGCAAACUGUACGCUAUAUUCACACCAAAGGAAAAUCUGAGAGAGUCUCCUCACUGCCAGACCCAAAAGGACGUCAGCAACGAAGGACCCAACACCAUCCGCUGCCACAUUAUGCUCAAGGGAAACUAUGACAUCAAUGUGGACCUGGAGCAAAAUACCCUGACUGUCCUGAGAACAAGACUUUCAGCGGAAAGUGGAAUACCGGCGCAUGUGUUAUACCUGAAGGAUGUGAAUAACAGUAAUUACAGUAAGACUCUGAGCAAUCUCGGGAUCAGUGAAGAUGAUCCGGUGCAUUUCACCUUGUCCUCUUUUCAUAAUUCUGUAACGGCGUUUCCUGAGAUCUUCCACAAUGACCUUAAACCUUCAGUUCCACAGACACAAAAGGGACUCAGCAUCUUCUUCUCAACACUGCGAUCCAUUGUAAGUUUCUAUAUACAUACAGUCAUAUGAAAAAGUUUGGG